AUUCCUGCAAUGGCUGCCUCCUGGAAGGCGCUGUCAUGUGGAACCUCUUGGACUCAAUCCAAAGGUCCAGGAAGGGAGUCAGGUAGAAUUAUACAAAUACCGCUUUCUUUGAAAACUUUAGCCUUCAAUAUCCAGCCACUUCAAGAGCUGAACAUCAUGCUCUCAGUUUCUAUGCAAUUGUGCCUCGUCCUCUUUUCAUUGCUUUUGGUGCUGCCUGUUGCUGAAGCAGUAGAAGCUGGAGAUGCAAUUGCUCUCCUGUUAGGUGCGGUUCUCAGCAUUAUAGUCAUUUCUGCUUGUUUAGGGGUAUAUGCAUGAAAGAGAAAUGGCCAGAUGUGACUUUGAAGGGCCUCCUGAAUUAAACCUUGCCAUGAAAACUUUUAUGCUACUGAGGUUCAGAACUGAGCUUUGGUAUCUGAAAGUUUCCAAGAAGCAAUACAUAAGGUAGUUUCACAUUCUUGGUUUUUUCCCUAUAAACGGGAACAAAUUGAUAUCCUAUGUUAAAUGGAAAACAAAAUGUUUUCUUCAUAACAAAUAAUGCACUGAAAAAUACCAUCUGUAAUUGUAUUUGCUAGUUAGAAGGAGGGCCAAAGAAGCGAGAUGGCUGAAAUUUGCGUAAGUAUUAUUUUGUAGUUUCAGAAUUCUCAACAGAAAGAAGGAAACUCUUGCUCAGAAUCUUAAGAAAUGGCUACAGUUCAGUUAUAAUCACCGUCUCCUUCAUCUGUUGAGGACUCUUUUAUCCAUUUUUUAUUGGAUUUUUCUUUUGUUAUCUCUCAAGUUACUGUUGUACUUAGAUAUCAAAUACAGCCGGUCA